CAACCAACUAUUGAUUCUGUUGAAAAAACUUUGCGAAUACUUUUGAAACACUGUAGAAGCUAUUUAUAGCGAAGAUAUUUAUCAAAAUGGAGGGAGAAUCCACGGAGUCAACACACAAUACCAAAGUAUCCGAUUCGGCAUACUCCAACAGCUGCAGCAACAGUCAGUCACAGCGCAGUGGCAGCUCAAAGUCGCGUUUAAGUGGCAGCCACUCCUCCGGCAGCAGUGGCUAUGGGGGUAAGCCCUCGACCCAGGCCAGCAGCAGCGACAUGAUCAUCAAGCGGAACAAGGAGAAGUCCCGCAAGAAAAAGAAGGCCAAAUGCACGGCGCAAACAUCGACAGUGACAUCGCUGGAGAACAACGAUGAGCAGCUGGUGCCACAGCCGUGUAGCUCGGUCAGCUGUGAGCAGCUCCAGGAGCUGCAGGACACACAAAAGUUCUGUGAGCCGCCGGCAUGCGAUCAGAAGAAGCUGAGCGAACAGCUGCUCGCCGUGGAUGACAGUGAGGCGACUAAGAGCAAACAAAGCGACCAGGCCCAACAGCUGCCCGCCGUGGCACCCCUCUCCGCCAGCUGCAGCCUGCAGCCGGGCAACGUUCCGAUUGCGUCGAGCCAUGGCCAGGCGAGCGGCAGUGGCGGCGGUGUCAAGCCGGACAAGGCAUACGAAGCGCUGCCGAGCAAACUGGAGACGAUGGCCGCUGGCGUGGGCAAGACACAGCAUCCGGAGAGGGUAAAGGAGGAGAGCUUCUGCUGUGUUAUCUCCAUGCACGACGGAGUUGUGCUCUACACCACACCCAGCAUUACGGACGUCCUGGGCUUUCCGCGCGACAUGUGGCUAGGUCGUUCCUUCAUCGAUUUUGUCCAUCUAAAGGAUCGGGCGACAUUUGCCAGCCAAAUCACGACCGGCAUACCCAUCGCCGAGUCACGUGGCAGCGUACCCAAGGAUGCGAGAUGCACCUUCUGCGUUAUGCUGCGACGUUAUCGCGGCCUCACCUCGGGUGGCUUCGGUGUGAUCGGGCGCGCCGUCAACUAUGAGCCCUUCCGCUUGGGCUUAACAUUCAGGGAGGCGCCCGAGGAGGCCCGGCCGGACAACUACAUGGUAUCGAAUGGCGCCAACAUGUUGCUCGUUAUCUCAGCGACGCCCAUCAGGAGCAGCUACAAAGUUCCCGAUGAGAUUCUCUCGCCGAAAAGUCCCAAGUUCGCCAUUCGACACACGGCCACGGCGAUUAUCUCGCAUGUGGACAAUGCCUCGGUCAGCGCACUUGGGUACUUGCCACAGGAUCUGAUUGGACGUUCCAUCAUGGAUUUCUAUCAUCACGAAGAUUUGGCGAUCAUGAAGGACACCUACGAGAAGGUCAUGAAGAAGGGACAAACCGCUGGCUCCUCGUUCUGCAGCAAACCCUAUCGUUUUCUCAUCCAAAACGGCUGCUACAUCCUCCUCGAGACGGAAUGGACGAGCUUCGUGAAUCCCUGGUCACGUAAACUGGAGUUUGUUGUGGGGCAUCAUCGUGUAUUUCAGGGUCCCAAGCAUUGCAAUGUAUUUGAGAUGGCGCCAAAUACAAAGCCCAAAAUAUCGGAGGACGCACAGAAUCGGAACGCGCGCAUCAAGGAGGAUAUUGUUAAGCUGCUGGCCGAGACGGUAUCCCGUCCAUCGGACACCGUUAAGCAGGAGGUAUCGCGUCGCUGCCAGGCGCUGGCUAGCUUCAUGGAAACGCUGAUGGAUGAGGUGACGCGGGCCGAUCUCAAACUGGAGCUACCCCAUGAGAACGAAUUGACGGUGUCGGAGCGUGAUAGCGUGAUGCUUGGCGAAAUAUCGCCGCAUCAUGACUACUAUGACAGUAAGAGAUCCACUGAGACGCCGCCCACCUACAAUCGGCUUAACUAUAACGAGAACCUGCUGCGUUUUUUUAACAGCAAGCCUGUGACCGCGCCCGUGGAGCUCGAUCCGCCGAAAUUGGAAUCAUCCUAUAUGAGUAGCGCCCGGGAAGAUGCCCGCAGCACCCUUAGUCCCGUACACGGAUUCGAGGGUAGCGGCGGCAGCGGCUCAUCCGGCAACUUCACAACCGGCAGCAAUGUCCGAAUGAGCAGUGUCACGAACACUAGCAAUGCCGGCACCGGCACCUCGGCCGGUGACAAUUCCGCCGGCGGCAACGGUAGCGGCAACAGCAACAGUGCCCCGGCCGUCACAGUGACCCUAACCGAGUCGCUGCUGAACAAGCACAACGACGAAAUGGAAAAGUUCAUGCUGAAGAAGCACCGCGAGCUGCGCGGCCGCAACGGUGAGAAGAGCAAGAAAUCGGCCAACGAGAAGAUGCUCGAGUACACGGGACCGGGUCAUGGGCAUGGCAUGAAACGCGGCGGUUCUCAUUCGUGGGAGGGCGAGGCGAACAAGCCCAAGCAGCAGCUGACCUUGUCAACCAAUGUGGGCGUCGGUGUGGGCGUGGGCGUCGGUGUCGGCGUCGGCGUACCCGUACCCGUACCGGACACCCUCUCCAAGUGGCAGGCCCCAAGUGCGCCGACCACACAGUACGUGGCGAACAACCUGAACUGCGCCCAGAACAUCAACUUGUGGCCGCCGUUCUCGCUGGGCAUCACCACGCCCUCGGCGCACAGCAGCCACACGGCUGUGGCACAGCGCAGCUUCUCGCCCCAGCACAGUCUCUUCCCCGCCUUCUAUUACAUACCGGCCCCGUUGGCCAACGCCACGCCGGCGGCGCCCAGCGUCAGUCCGCAGCGCAGUCACAAGAGCUGCGAGCAGCCGAGCACUUCGCAACAGGCCGCUGCAGCGACGGCGAUGCCGUUGCAGUACAUGGCCGGCGUUAUGUACCCGCAUCCGUCGCUCUUCUAUACGCAUCCGGCGGCGGCUGCGGCCACAGCCAUGAUGUACCAGCCAAUGCCAUUCUCCAGUGUCACCAACACGAUGCAGCUGGCGGACCGCUCCAGUGGCUCACAGUCUAGCUACAACAAGCCCGUCUAUGCGUCCCAGCAAUCGCCACCUUCGUCGUCGAACAAGACACCGGGCGCCUUCCACUCGGUGACACCCUCCCAGCAGCAGAAGGCCUCGUCGCAGGCGACUUCCGUGAAGGCGGAGCCCGGCUCGAAUUUGGCGCCAUCGGAUUCGUCCAAGAAGGGCAUACCCGACUCGCCGAUGGCCUCGGUCACCGGCGAAGGCUACUCCUCCGAUCAGCCCAGCAAUCCGCUCAUUUUGAAGCAAAAGUACACGGACAGCAAUGGCAACAGCGACGACAUGGAUGGCUCCAGUUUCUCCUCGUUCUACUCGUCCUUCAUCAAGACAACGGAUGGCUCGGACAGUCCGCCCGACAAUGACAAAGAGACCAAACACCGUAAACUCAAGUCCGUCAUGCAGUCGGAUAACAAAAUCGUGGAGCAUCCGGAGGAGGAUCAGACCCAACACGGCGACGGAUAACAGAUGACGGCGCAGCUACAGCUGUGCCCAUUGCUCCAAACCAGCUGCAGCGUUUGAUCUAGCUGCAGCCUUGGUCCAGAGUCGCCCAAAAACUCAACGCCAACCGAAUGGGCGAGCAUUACUUAGGUGGGUAACAGCUCCUGGGAUUCUCUCGCUCAUUCUCUCUCUUAUACUCGCUCUUUCAGAGUUGCCCAUACGCACACACAUAUAUACGCAUGUGCGUAUGUGUGUGUGGGUGUACGUGUUUGUGUCUGUGUUUGUGUAUCGCUUGUACUUCACUUGUGCUGGAAGGAGUCGCAGAGAUGUCAAGAUGCCAAAGAUCUAAGAUCGAGGAUACAAUAACUCAAAAGUAGCCAAAGUGCUCGACUGGACUGAUAGCCUAGAACCAUAAGCUCUUGCUCAAAACACAUUCACAUCCACAAACUCUAUAUUUAUAUAUAAACAUUAUGCUUAAGGCUGUGCUUCUUAACUUAGCUCCACAUUUUGGAAAAGUUCCUUAGUUUUCUAUCUAAUAUAUAUACAUACAUUUUUUCGGAGCUAAAAUAUACGCAAGGUUCAUACCUUAUAAAACCUAAA